GUCAGCGGCCAAUUCUCAGUGUUCGCGGCGGCCCUACGGGACACACAUUGUAUCCAUUGUAUCCGAUCGCAUUGUAUCCAAUCCUCCAAUUGCGUAGACAUGUCGAUGGCAUCGCUGGGUGUCAGCGGGAUCUUUAUGGUCGGCUGCUGUGUGGCUGCCCAGAUUGCCCGCCUGGUUAGCCGGCGCUUGGUGACACGGGAGGGAAUCGUGCCCAUUCUGGUCAACGAGGCGAUAGCCGCCGCCGAGCUCUGUGCCUGUUGCUUCGAGCUGAUCAUAGUGGCGGACAACUUUGGCGUGGCGGCCUAUGCUGUCUGCCUGUUCGUGCUGACGGUGUGGUGGGGGAAGGUCUGGGGCGACGCCUCCGCCUGCCCCUACACCCACAUGGAAGACGUACUGGAGGGGCGCACCAGCUUCAAGGAGAUGGCACUGCGAACAUGGGCCGAGCUGAUGGGCGGCUGCUGCGUCUACCGCAUCGUGCAAGUCUUCUGGUGGCUGGAGUUCGCGGAAACCCACAAGGGACGGGCCUUCGAGUCCUGCAGUGCCGAUCUACAGGUCAGCCCCUACCUGGGAGCCGUGAUUGAGGGCGUGGCCACACUACUGUGCCGCCUGGCAUCGAAAACCCUCAGCGACAAGGAGCCCAAGUUCGCCAGCUACAUCGACUCCUUCAUCGGCACCAGCCUGGUGGUGGCAGCCUUCAACUUCUCCGGCGGCUAUUUCAAUCCGGUGUUGGCCACCGCCCUCAAGUGGGGAUGUCGCGGCCACACCAACUUCGAGCACAUCAUUGUCUACUGGAUUGGUGCCUGUGUUGGUGCUGUGCUCUCGGUGCCGAUCUACAAGCUGCCCAUCGUUCGACGCUUCCUUCUCGGCGAGGAUAAGCCAAAACAGGACUAGGAGCCGACAUCCCGCAAGGCUAGAAAGGCCACGGGAAAGACAGGGCUUUCGCAAAGCUAUAGUAUACGUUGAUAUCUUUACCUUAUGCACAUGCACAUUUGUUAGAAUAUUUCGUUAUUUCUAUGAGAAUUUUUACAAAUUAAAACCGAUGGUAAUCGUAUUUUCCUUGUCAAUGGA